AUGGCUCCACGCACCAAAAGACGACGUCUGACCGAUCUUUCGGAGGACCACAGUGAUGAGAUCUGCCAGCCAGCUACUCAGCCACAGAAAGAGAGAUGGAACGGAUUUUGCGAGAUUGAAUCAGAGCCUGCAUUAUUCAAUGUGAUGCUCCGAGAUUUCGGGGUGAAGGGGGUCAAGAUUCAAGAGGUUGUGUCUCUCGACGAGGAGAUGAUGGCAUUUCUAAAUAACCCGAUUUACGGUUUGAUCUUCCUGUUCCGCUGGCGAGAAGAUGAUACGGACCAGCAGGAACCUAGCUGCCCCGAUGGGCUCUGGUUUGCAAACCAGACAGCAAGUAAUGCUUGCGCCAGCGUGGCCCUGCUAAAUAUCGUCAACAAUAUCCCAGAUAUUGAUCUCGGGGAAAACCUCCAGCAUUUCAAGGAAUUCACCAAGACCUUUACUCCCGCUCUGCGAGGCGAUGCUAUCAAUAACUUUGAAUUUGUGAAGAGAGUACAUAAUUCCUUUGCCCGUAAAAUGGACAUAUUGAAUGCCGAUCUACAGCUGAAAUCUGAGGCCACUGCCAAGAAACGGUAUAGGGGGCAAGAUAACACCGACUCCGAUGCUACUUUCCAUUUCAUUGCAUUCAUGCCGGUCAUGGGUCAAGUGUGGAAAUUCGACGGACUUGAACGGCAACCACAAUCUCUGGGUGAAUGCUCCGAGGAUGACUGGUUGGAGCUGGCCCGACCCAACAUCGUUGACCGAAUGGCGGCAUACGAAGAAGACCAGAUUGAAUUCUCUAUUUUGGGGGUGGUUCGGGAUCCCCUGCCUGACCUAGUCCAGCAACUUGCAGUCAACGUACGAAGUUUGGAGAUGUUGAAUGCACGACUGACGUCCUCCGCAACCCCAUUACUUUCCGACGCGACAUUAUUCGAGCUCCAAGAAACGGUACUUGGUCCUGAUCCUACUUAUGGUUUGAGCCGCGCAAACAUUGAUGCGGCCGUGGUUUCCGAGGUCGCGUACCCAGAAUUAGCCCCGGAACUGCAACGACUUCGGGAGGCACAGUGCGAGCUACGAGCCCGGAUUCGAGAGGAGCAACAGUCCCAACGGGCUGACGAGGACCAUGCGACGGGACGACGAUAUGACUAUGGACCAGCAGUGCGAACGUGGUUGCGUUUUCUUGCACGCAAGCAAAAGUUGGCAGAAUUAUUGUGA